AUGGCUUAAACUGUUAGAAGAACUCUUUACAAGUAUUUAGAACCUUUCAAAACUGGUUUGUUAAAGGUUUCAGACCUCCACACUGUCGCUUGGGAAAUUAGCGGUAAUCCAGAUGGAAAACCCGUUAUUGUUCUCCAUGGUGGUCCUGGUGGUGGUUCUGAACCUUUUUACAGAGGUUAUUUUGAUCCUGAAGUUUAUAAGAUUGUCUAACUCGACUAAAGAGGUAGUGGAAAAUCUACUCCUCAUGCAUGCUUAGAAGAAAAUACCACCUGGCACUUGGUCAGUGAUGUUGAAAAAUUAAGAGAACACUUAGAAAUUUAGAAGUGGCAUACUGUUUUUGGAGGAAGUUGGGGUUCUACACUUUCUUUGGCAUAUGCACAAUCUCACCCUGAUAGAGUUGGUCAUUUAGUAUUGAGAGGUAUUUUCUUGCUUAGAAAAUCUGAAAUCGAUUUCUUCUACCAAGAAGGCUCAAGCUGGCUUUUCCCUGAAUAUCAUGAAAAGCUUAGAGAGCUACUUCCUGAAGUUCAACAAGGCAAUAUUUUGCAUAAUUAUUAUUUAAAGUUAACUGGAAAGAAUGAAGAAGAAAAGAUUAAGUUUGCCAAGGCUUGGACUACUUGGGAAAUGGCCACUUCUAAGCUCUUAAUCAAUGAAGAAAGACUUGCUUAAGGAGAAGACGAAAAGUUUGCAGUUUAAUUUGCUAGAAUUGAAACUCAUUAUUUCGUAAAUGGUGGUUUCUUUAGAAAUGAAAAUUAACUCCUCGAAGAUUGUCACAAGAUUGCUCACAUCCCAACUACUAUCGUCUAAGGUAGAUAUGAUGUUGUCUGUCCUGCCAAGUCUGCUUGGGAUUUAAAAAAGCAACUCAAGAAUGCAGAACUUAAGAUUAUUCCCGAUGCAGGACACUCUUGUUCAGAACCUGGUAUCAUCGACGAACUUGUCAAAGCUACCGACAAAUACAAACAAAACGAUGUUUGA